AUGCCAGGCUUCCUGGUACCCAGUCCUCCGGUGAGGCUGUGUGUGGGCCUCACGUGUGUCUUGUCCCUUUGGAACACAGUGUCUGCUGUUAAAGGAGAAGCCAAGAAAGAAAAAGUCAUGACCUUCCUUCCUGCAACAGUGUCUGGCCUUGGAGGAGAAGAGAGGAAGGAAAAGGGGAUGGCUUUUCUCGAUACCACAGAGCUGCCUGCCAGGUCGGUCGAUCUGUCCGCCCUGAAUCUUACAGAGCUGGUGAAUGGAAUGCUGAGUAGAGCUUUAAAAGAUACCAAGAAGUUCUUCUCCCUGCUAAGCAUCACUUCCUACAGCUCCUUUGCCUUCUACAAGUUUUCUGUGGCCAUUUACAACAUUUCUAACCUGAAGACUGUGGACCCUGACAAAUUCCCCACCCGGUACUGUUACUGUCUGAACAACCGGACCAAUGACUUAUCAGAUUUCACAGCCCUACUGGUGGAUGUCAUUGGAAAUUCAACCAGCUACCUCACAGAGAUUUUUAAGUCAACUUCCAUCCUCUCAGUGAGCCAAACGAAUGAAUCCGACUGCAUCUUCAUCUGUGUGAUGACAGGAAAGUCAGGAAGGAAUCUUUCUGACUUCUGGGAGAUGGCGGAGAAGUCUCCUGUUAUCAACUACACGUUCACCAGCAGCAUGGCUGGUGUUCUGGGUGAGUCUACCAGGAGCACAGCCAUGACUUCAAAGCUCAUGCCCACAAGCCAGCAAAUGCUACCGAGGACAAGUCCCCUGCGCGGAGUCCAGAGCACCAGGGCAUCUGUUCUAAGAACCUCUCCAUGGACAGAGACAACUCCUCCUGCAGAGGGAGAGCAGACAAGGAACACAGAUAGGCUUGCCCAGCUUCCCACCAGGGCCACGGCCACGCAGGGCAGUGCUUCACCCACCCUCCCAUCCUUGGCUACCAGGAGGUUGGCCAGGACCCCAUGGGUGACAACGGACAGUCAGGCUCAGACUCCCACACUGCCUACGUUCUUGGCACCCGGAGGGCCUCCCUGGGAAAUGCUGUCCUCCACGCUGACAUCGCCUGCUGAGGCCACGGCCACAAGGAGCCUUUCUGGGCCUCCCUCUAGGACAGCAGCCACACUGGGCAGCUCCUCCCAGACCAGCCCAACCUCAGGACCCUCCACCCCUGGCACACAGACCCCGAGUCCGACCAAGGCACCAGCUCCAAAAUAUCCACAGACAGGGGACCUCCCUGCAGCAUGGCCACCUACUCCUGGAGAAGAGCCAGCCCUGGUCCCAGGACCCCACCACGUCUCAAGGUGUCCUCAGCUGCUCCUCAAGGAAGGGGCCAUCACAGCUGCUCCCCUCACCCUGGCCAUCCAGAAGCUCAACCCUUGCCUGAUGGAGCUGUGCCGCUUUUUCCAGCAAUGCCUCUGCAUGAGCAGGAAGAGAGACCCGAGGACGGAGGCCGUGAGGUACUGUCUUGAAUACUACUCCUGGUUUCUGAAGAAUGCCACCUACAUCUGUCAGAGGGUGAAACAGAUGCCUCACUCCCAGACCUUAAAACAAAAAUGCCUCCAGAAUAUCUGCCAGUCGGUGUGA